GCCUCGUGACCCGGAAGCGCUCGCCGACGGCGGUGGUGGGGUCAACGGCAACAUGGCGGCGCCCGGCGGCGCGACCCCGCGGGGGAAUCCCGGUGUCUGAGCGUGACCUCUGACCUCUGGCGCGACCCCGCGGCGCCAUGAGGCUGCACUGGGCCCACGCGCUGUCCCGGCGGCUGUGGGGGGGCUGGGGACCCUCGCAGGUCGCCCGCAGCAUGAGCCGACACAGCAGCCGCCCCGCGGGGGACCCGGCCUCGGGGGCCCCGGCACGGCGUGACCCCCCCCGCGAUGCUCAGGACAACGACCGCGGUCCCGCGGCCUUCGCGGCGGCGUUGGAGACUCUGGAACGGAUACCCGGGCGACGCGUGGGGCGGCUGGAGCUGGUGGCGGCGGCGCUGGCGGCGAUGCCGGCGCUGGGGGUGGCGCGGGAGCGGGAGGCCUACCACCGCCUGCUGCGCCUGCUGCCCCGCGGGCCCUGGGUGCCGCGCGGGCCCAUCCAGCGCCUGCUGGCACCCUUCCCCCAGCAGCAGGAGUGCGGCCUCCAGAUCCUGGAGCAGAUGGAACGAUACGGCGUGGUGCCAGAUGCGGAGACACGAUUCCUGCUCCUGGGGGUCUUUGGGCCUCGCAGCCGUCCCGUCCGCAAGUGCCAGCGGAUGCUGUACUGGCUGCCGCGGCUUCGACACGUGGACCCCCACCCUUUGCCCUCCGUCCUGCCCCCCCCGGGCCUGGCUGCUGCCUGCCUGGGUCUGCGCCGUAUUGCUAACGACCCUGACGCUCACAUCACCGUCUACCAGCGGCCAGUGCCAGAUGAGGGGGACAACGAGAACGAGGGCUCUGUCCAGCCUUACAUCGUUGGCGCCCAGAGCCCGGAGCAGCAGGAGCUGCUGGCGCGGCAUGGCCCGGCACGGCCCGUCUUCGUGGAGGGGCCAUUCUCCCUCUGGCUGCGCAGCACCCAGCUGUGGUACUACGUGCUACGGGGGGACCCCCUGCCCCCUCACCUGCGGGAAGACCCCCCAGACCCCGAGCGCAGCCUGUACUACCCCUUGCACCUUGACCUGGACCUGGAGCGCGGACCCUGGGACGACGAUGACUUCGAUGUGGACGAGGUGGAGGAGGGUCCCGUCUUCGCACUGUGCAUGGCGGGGGCGGGUGACCGGCACACACUAGGCAAGUGGAUCGCAGGGCUGCAGGAGGCGAACCCCGUCCUGGGGCGCACCCCCGUCGUCUUCCGCCUACAGGAUGGGGACCCCCCGGCUGGCGCCACCGGGGACCCCCCUACACCCUCCCUGGGGGAGGUGCCUCCCCCCCCCGCGGUGCUGGAGCUCCCCGACCUGCCGCGGGGGUAUGGGCACAGCACCCGGGGCGGGGGAAAUAAAGGAAGCAUGGCCCCGGGGGAAUAAAGGAAGUGUCGCCGAUGAA